AUGAAUAUUUACACCUCACUGUUCCUGAUUCUUGCAGCCUUAUCACUAUCUGAGUGGUCACUCGCCUUCAAGAGCCAUGAACUCUCAAUCAGAGAAGCCACUGUGCAGGACCUCCAAAAAGCCUUCAAGCAAAACCAGCUCACAUCAAGGCAACUAGUUGAGUUCUACAUUAAAGAAAUCAAUAAACUUAACCCGGUUCUGAAAGGGAUCAUAGAGGUGAACCCCGAUGCUUUAUGCCAAGCAGAGCAAGCUGACCAGGAGAGAGAGGUCAAGUCACCUAGGUCACUGUCUGGGUUACAUGGUAUUCCUAUCCUCCUUAAGGAUAAUAUUGCAACCAAGGAUAAGCUUAACACGACUUCCGGAUCGUUGGCGUUGUUAGGAUCAGUGGUACCCCGGGAUGCCGGUGUGGUGAUGAAGUUGAGGAAUGCAGGAGCCAUUAUAUUGGGGAAGGCUAGCUUGAGUGAGUGGGCUAAUUUUCGGACAUUGACUGCACCUAAUGGAUGGAGUGCUAGAGGAGGACAAGGAAAGAAUCCAUAUGUUCUAUCGGCGGAUCCUUGUGGCUCAAGUAGUGGAUCAGCAAUAGCAGUGGCAGCAAACUUGGUGGCAGUGUCACUGGGGACUGAAACGGGUGGUUCCAUCAUAUGCCCAGCCAGUUUUAAUGCAGUCGUGGGCAUUAAACCAACCGUUGGCCUCACUAGCCGAGCAGGGGUCAUCCCAAUUUCUCCAAGACAGGACACCAUAGGAACAAACAUGAUACGGGCUGAGAAUGGAGAGUUGCAGAGAGUCAGCCAAGAUUGGGAUGGGUACCCAUAUGCAGGACUGUAUCAGAUGCUGUUCAUGUUCUUGAUGCCAUUCAUCAAGUGCAUCCCCCAUGGUGGCUACACCCAAUUUCUAAAGACUGAUGGUCUCAAGGGGAAGAGAUUGGGUAUUGUGAGGAAUCUGUUUUUUACAUUUGCCAAUGAAUCACUCCUGCCUCAAACAUUUGAGUACCACUUCCAAACAUUUAGGUACUUCAAGCACCCCCCUCAAAUCAAUGCACAUGAUAGCUCAAGCUUUUCUGAAUCUCAUUCCGUUAAUAUUUUCCCUCAUAUGUUAGUUCAAUCUCUCAGACCCUAUAGUGGCACAAGUCUCGCGCAAAAAGGAGCAGUUUUAGUAGACAGUUUGGAAAUAGCCAACAUUGAUGUCAUCAUGAACUUCAAUCUGAGUGGUGAAGCAACAGCAUUGUUGGCUGAAUUUAAGUUGUCCUUAAAUGCAUACCUCAAAGAGCUCGUGGAUUCCCCUGUUCGCUCUUUGGCAGAUAUAAUAGCUUUCAACCAAAAAUUCUCUGAUUUGGUAAUUGACGCGACUAAAAUCGCACAGUGGAUGACUAACACAAGCCGGGUUGGUGAGUUAAUGAUGGAAAAUAGGCUGGAUGCAUUGGUGACUGCUGGCCCUUGUGUUGCUUCUGUGCUUGCAAUCGGGGGGUUUCCGGGAAUUAGUGUCCAUGCUGCAUACAAUAGCAAGGGAGUUCCAGUGGGCAUCUGUUUUGGUGGAUUGAAGGGUUCUGAGCCUAAGCUGAUUGAAAUCGCAUACAGUUUUGACCAAGCAACUAAGUCUUGGAAGCCUCCUACAUUUCAACCUUGA